ACCUUACAAUAACAUUUUAAAAUUUAAAGUUCAUUAGAUUUUGGAAUGACAUCUAUGGGUUUUAAUGUUUAAAUGUAACAUUAUUUAGACUACCGGUGACAGUCCAGUGAUGAAAACGUGCAUUGAUCAUUACGAAUUUUCGGACUGAAAAAUGUCUGACGACUUUCGCGACCUUAAUCUCGACAAACUUACUCGAAGGGAGUUAAAGACUCCGGAGCAAAUCGCGAAACACACAGUGGAAGGUUACCUCGAGGCACGAAUUGUGGAUAGAGCUCUACAUCUCCUCACAGUCGGAGAUGAAUUGCAAAAAAUAAGUGUGAUGAAAAACCUGCCCAUGUUAAUUAAAGAAGACUUGACAGCAUGUAUGCAAAGGAUCAUACCACGAAUGCAACAGACUUUACCCCAUGGCACCACCGAGUACAACAUGGGAGCUUGCGAUGCUGUAAGGACAGUAGCACGGCAGAACCUCAUGUCUACCGACAACUUCACCAAGGUCUUCCUCCAACACAUCCUUAAUUCCUUGGAGAGCCGUGACACGGUUGCAGCAGAUGAAUGGCUCAACGUCUUAUUGGACAUAAUAAAAGUGUUGCCAAUAAACGUGCUUCACACUGAGGUUUUGCCGAUUGCUGUAAACAAAGCGCAUAUCUCCAAGCCUGUUCACGUCCGAGUAACCAGCUGUCGCAUCCUCGGCCAUCUUGCUCUCUCGUUUUCAGCUGCACAAGUCAAGAGAGACAUCAUCCCCGUGGUGAUCUCUCUGUGUCAGGAUGUCUCCGGAGAGGUGCGAGCAGCCAUGAGCAAGGAGUUGCCCAAUCUCGCAUCCACUCUGGGUCUGGAGACAAGCAACUUCCUGCUGAACCAUCUGCUGGACCUCGUGUCAGACGAAGAGGUUUUGGUCCGAGAGGCUGCUGUGGAAGCGGUGGCCUACAUGUUGCCAAAGUUCCCUCCGGACAUAUUGAAGAGUACAAUCAUACCACUUACCAAAAAAGUAUUUCCUGAUAUCGUGAAGAAUGAAGAUGGUUUAUUGGUAGUACUGACUAAAGUUUAUGGGCAGUAUGCUGUCGGUUUGAAAAAUUACAUGACAGUGAUAGAGAAGAGCCAGUUUCUACAGCGUUACAUCCAGAUGUCCCAGCUCAACUCCAACACUAGACGCAACAAGAUCAACCCCUACAAUCCGAUCGUGAUGGACGAGGAUGAGUUGGCGCUACGGCUCACUGAGUGCCGACUCAACUGUGCCUACAAUUUUCCCGCCAUGGUCCUGUUCUCCCAGGAUCUCAAGCAGGAGCUGAUAGAUGCUUUAAUCAGUGUCAUGCGUAACCUAGCCAGUGACAGCUUCUGUCAGGUCCGCAAGAAGAUAGCUUCCGGAUUCUAUGAGGUGAUGAAGCUGAUGCCCAAGUGGCAAGCAGCACUCAAGGUGGAGUUCAUCAGGCUGCUCAAGGAUGACAUAGACAUUGUUCUGGAAGGUCUCGUGCCAAAUGUUCCUGACAUCUUACUCAGUAUGUCUAGUACCAACACGCUAACUUCAGAUAAAGUUGAGUCAGGCAAGGACGUGGGCCAGGCACUAUUUGUCUGUGAAAAGAACCUGAACGAUGCCCCUCACUGGAGGCUUCAGGAAGAGUUGCUGUCAGGGUUCCGUGUUGUGCCCAAGGUCUUUCACCCGGAGUUUGUCUACCUCUACUUUGUGCCUCUCCUGCUGACCAGGGCCGUGAGCGGGAGAAUUCUACCUUGCCGAGUUGCAGCCUUGAACACGCUUCUGGUCAUCAUUGCUGAUCCAUCCCAAGCGAAACAAAAGUUGAAAAUUCGCAACAAAGUAUUAGAGCUGUGUAACAACUCCAGCUUCCAUUGCCGGCAGCUGUUUCUGCGAGGGAUGUCCUCGCUCGUCACAGUCUCACCGGAGAUGCUCAAGGAGUUGUUCUUCCACAACAUUACCUCUAUGGCAGAAGAUAAGGUGCCCAACAUUCGGUUGAUGCUCUGCAAGCUGUUGCCAAAAUUGAAAACAAUAGCUAUGGAUCCAGUAGAUCGCAAGUUGCUGGCUAGCAUAGAUGCUGCCACUACCUCAAUGAGUGGAGAGACCGACCGUGACGUGCAGAUGCAGCUCAAGAUCGCACUGAAUCUCAUGGAUGAGGGUGACAAGGUGAAGGUUUUGGGCAGUAAACGGCUAGAGCCAGAUGGUGAAAGCAGUUCAAUGCAACGGAAAAGCAAUACAAUGGGCUUUUCCAAUACUAUAUCACCUUUGACAGAUAUGAGAAGUUUUACUAGUGAAUCAUCGGCAAGAAGUAUAUCAUCCCAGUACAGCGUGGCCAGCCAACAGCAGGCAGCUUCUUCCAGACCAAAACCUUAUACUGGUAACCAGGCUAUUCGAGUCCAGAGCACGCCGGCAGCGACAACAGGUUCUCCUAGGUAUCCGGUGUCCCCCCGCACCACACAACAGAAGUCCGGGGUCAAAGCACCAGGUGAAAAAAGAAAGCCAUCAUUACAAAGAUUGGCAAUGGAUGACCCUGAUGAGUUUCUAGUGGAUGCAGGGAUACCCCUUAAUACUGCGACGGAAGUAGUCAAGAGAAUACCAACCCCCAGACCAGUCCAUCGUCCCCUGCUGCUGUUAGACUCGGAGGAAUCUAACUCAGAGCACAAGACCAGUACAAGGACUCUACCAGUAUUAACAACGUCCAGACCGACACUCAUCAACAAAAAUAUCAACUUCAAUUACCGUCCUAGCAACUUACCUGUGAAGAAAGCAAAUUUCAAGCCUUUGACCAAUGAAGAAAUCGAGAAAGAGCUUUUACUGCCGGAUAAAGAAAUCGUGUCGGACUCUAUCCAUCCAUACUCCCCCAGAACAUCUGACCGACUGAAGUAUCCCGGUCGGACAACGAGGACGUCCAAGAAGGAGAACAAGAGGUACAGCCUGGAUGUGGGGGUCAUCUCUAACACUUACACCAGAAUCGAGACUAGGUCUGGAAAUGUGAAUAAACGCUACAGUUUGAACGUCGAUGCGAAAAAGGAUGUCGGAAAUAAGAAGAGUAUGUCUUGCAUCAACAACAAUACCGUAAUGAGUCCCAAAUUGGGUUCGACAAGGUCAGGAAUAGUUCGGGCCGCAGUCGUGUGUCUUGGAGACAGAGAAGGUGAACCACUCCAAGAGGUCAAUGUCAGUGGAGAAUCUGCCACCGAAAGUGACAAGGUUGGCCAGCAGACUCCCAGUAAGGGCAACUGAUCCAAAGCCAUCAAAACCAAAAUGAAGCAACUCCCAAAAUGAAGAAAGUUUCUAUGGUAACUGUGAUAGUAAAAUUAGGUUGAAAUAAGUUAUGACGCAACAAAGUAUUUAUUUUUAAUAGAUACGUAAGAUUUUAUAUUUAUUGAUUCAAAGACUUGUAAUGUAAAUGACAGCCUUAGAGUUAGUGCCAUAGCAGGGUCUUAAUUAGGAUUGCAUCUCUAAUGUACACAAAAUAGUGCGUAAUCCUCACAAGCUGUUACUACACAAGUACAGUAUCGAUGUAAACAAUUUACAUAAAUUAAGGUAAACAACAUUUAUUUUUUAUUGUCUUCUUGCAGUGACUUUAAAUUAGUGGAUUUGAAUGUAUGAAACUGUUUCGUCUAAUCCGCAUUCCAGAUUUUUUAGAUAACCUUAUUAUGGAUUUUACCAGAAAAUAACAUGAACUUCUUUGAUUCAUUUAUAAUUUUCUCAAAUAACAAGUGCAAUCUUAAUUUGUGUUAAUUUAACACUUUGA